UCCACACUAAUGAUCCAACAAUCGACAUGAAAACCACAAUUUUCUUCAUCGAAAUAUUAGCAAUCAUCACAUUGACAAUAUUCUGGUUCUACAAAUGGAAAUUUAGCUAUUGGAAAAGCCGGAAAAUCCCAUAUCUCCCACCGAAAUUUCCUUUCGGAAACGUAAGUAACCCUUUUUUCAUGAAAGAAAAAAUCGGAAAAACUUUGGCCCGAUUUUACAACGAAAUGAAACGUCGAGGGUGGAAACACGGCGGAUUUUACUUCGGGGUUUCCCCGCUUUAUCUACUCGUCAAUCCCGACUCAAUAAAAAAUAUUCUAACGAAAGAUUUUGACCAUUUUGUCGAUCGUGGAGUAUAUUACAACGAAAAAGACGACCCUUUGAGUGCCAACCUCGUCCAUAUAGGAGGCCACAAAUGGAAAACCCUGCGAAAAAAACUAAACCCAGCUUUCGGUGCACCAAAAACAAAAACAAUGUACCCAAUACUCCAAACAUGUGUGGAAAAUAUGAUGGAAAAAGUGAGAAUUGAUUAUGAAAAUGACCAGAAAUGUAAUGUCAACGAGAUUUCCCCCGCGUAUUCCAUCAAUGUGAUCUGUUCGUGUGCUUUCGGCUUAAGGGAAGAAAACUCACUUUUCAAGUCGUACGCCGACGAGGUUGUUUAUAAGACCAAAUAUAAGUAUUUAGUCCACAUUCUAGCCACAUUAUUUGACAAAACGGCCAAAAAAAUCGGAGUCAAAAUACUACCAAAAAAUGCUACCAACUUCUUCAUGAAAAUCGUUACUGACACUGUGAAAUUUCGGGAAGAAAAUAACCAUGUCAGGGGUGAUUUUAUGCAAUUAUUGAUUGAAAUGAAGAAGGAAAAUCAACUAACUGUUGAAGAAAUCGCCGCUAAUUGUUUAGCUUUCUUCAUCGCCGGUUUUGAAACAUCUUCAGCGACCCUAACUUUCGCCCUAUACGAACUUGCCAAAAACCCAAAUAUUCAAAAAAAGGCGCGAGACGAGAUUUUGACUAAUUGUCAAAUCACUUAUGAUUCACUUGCAGAAAUAAAAUAUUUAGAUCAAGUGAUUGCAGAAACUUUACGCAAAUACCCACCACUGUUAUAUGUCACACGACAGUGUGUCAAGGAUUAUAAAAUCCCAGACGAGGAUGAUCUCAUUAUCGAAAAAGGGACACUGGUUGCAAUCCCAAUUCUCGCUCUACAUUACGAUGAGGAUUUUUUCCCAAAUCCGGAAAAAUUCGACCCUGAGAGGUUUAAUAAAAUUGAGAAAAGUUUGAGACACCCUUACACAUAUUUACCAUUUGGAGAAGGCCCCCGGAUGUGUAUUGGUAAACGUUUUGGUUUGUUGGAAGUUAAAUUAGCUCUGAUUUAUUUACUUAAAAAUUACAAAUUUUCGCUAAAUUGGAAAACUAAAGAGCCUUUAACAAUGAGAGUGGAUACGCUUGUUUUGGCACCUAAAGAUGAAAUUUGGCUAGAUCUAGAAAAAAUAUAAAUUAAAAAAAAAUAGAAAAUAUCAAAUUUUUCUUGGUUUAUGGAAUUACAAAUAAAAAAUGGUUACAUUUACAUAAAUUGA